AUGAACAUGUGUAACUUCUUUUUGCUGCCGUGUCUCCUGCUAUUUUCCAGAGCAGAGGCGUCUCUCUUUGGAUCUGGCUUGUUUCAAUGUCACUUUACCUCAUCUGGUGACGUUCUUUAUUUGGCGAAAAUCUUCUUCAAUAAGGUGCUUUGGGCCGACUACAACAGCACUUUGGGGAAAUAUACCGGCUAUACUGAAAAGGCAAUAGAAUUUGCCAAUGACUUCAACAAAAACCCUGCUUUUAUGAAACAAGAAAAAAAGAAUUUAGAGAUUUGCAAGUCUCAUGUGUGUUUGUUCUUUACAGUCAUCGAGCCCUCGGUCAAGCUGAGGUCAGUCGAGGCUUUGGGCAGCAGACACCCGAGCAUGCUCAUCUGCAGCGUGUACAACUUCUACCCCAAACAAAUCCGACUGAGAUGGCUGAGAAACGGAAAAGAGGUGACAUCUGAUGUGACAUCCACUGAUGAACUGCCCAAUGGGAACUGGCUUUAUCAGAUGCACUCUCAACUGGAGCUGACGCACUCAUUUGGAGACAAAAUCGCCUGUCAGGUGGAGCACGCCAGCUUUGUGAAGCCAAAGAUCUAUGACUGGGAUCCGAUAUCUGAGGCUGAGAGAAACAAGAUUGCUGUGGGCACAGCUGCGCUUCUGCUGGGCCUUGUCUUCUUUGGUGUUGGGCUGAUUUACUACAUAAAGAAAAAAAACGGGCUGCAGUUGGUGCCAACCUCCACUGAAUGAAUAACCUACAAGUUGUUUCUGUGUAGGAAACUGCACUCAGUUCUCCAUGUGCAGUACAGCUUUACACUGUGCUUUGGGACGCUUGUGUGAUGUCACUUUCUGGUGUGUUUAGUCUGGUCUUAUUGAUCAUUUCAGCGAGCUUGUUUUCAAUGAAACAACAAAAUUAAAAUUUAAAAUGAAUCAAGUUUGUCUCAAAAGCUUGGAAAAGAAGUUAAGACUUUGAAUUGUGUUAACUUACAAUUAGAUCAGAGUGUCUACGUGAAGUAUCUAUCAGUGAUUUAUAAUUUUGUUGUGGAGAAUGAAGG